AUGUCUGUUACCGAUAUCAACAGUUUCUCCCAGUUCCAGGAGCUAAUAAAUUCGGGCAAUGUGGUUAUCAUCGACUUCUGGGCUCCCUGGUGCGGUCCGUGCCGCGUGGUGAGCCCUGUCUUCGAGAAACUGGCCUCGGACCCAGAGUUUGCCAGCAUCACGUUUGCAAAGGUCAAUAUCGACGACCAGGAGGACAUUGGCAGCGAAGUCGGAAUUAGAGCCCUGCCAACCUUUAUGACUUUCCAAGACGGCACCAAGGUGGAUGAGCGUGUUGGAGCUGAUCCUCAGCGAUUGGAGCAACUUGUUCGGAAGGCUCUAUGA